CUGUCAACUUUCCGAAAUCUUUAUACACCUUUUUGUAUUGAUUACUAAGAAGGAAAAGUUGUUAUGUGUUAUGUCUAAAGUGUUUGCCAACCCUUAUUAAUAUAUCUUCACUCAAGCCGCUGCGGAUGUGACGACAAAAAGAACGGCAUAAUUAUUCUCCUUCCGGGGCAUAUGCUUACUUGGCCCACGUGGAUGCAGAAGAGUAUUCUGCAAAGAUGGACUCGCUGGACAGAGUGGUGAAGCCUAAAACAAAGAGGGCAAAAAGGUUUCUUGAAAAUAGAGCACCGAAGCUCACAGAGAAUACAAAGAAUGCCAUGUUCAUAAAAGGUGGAAAUGCAAGUUCAACAGUCACUGAGGCACUCAAGGACGUUUAUGCUCUGAAAAAACCAUUUGGAGUUUUAUAUAAAAAAAAAAACAUUACAAGACCCUUUGAAGAUCAAAUGUCAUUGGAAUUUUUUUCCAAGAAGUCUGACUGUUCUUUGUUCCUGUUUGGAUCACAUAAUAAGAAGAGGCCACAUAAUCUGAUCAUUGGUCGUAUGUAUGAUUAUCAUGUCCUGGAUAUGGUUGAGUUGGGCAUUGAGAAGCUUGUACGUCUUCGUGACAUCAAGAAUAGCAAGUGUUCUGAAGGAACAAAGCCUAUGUUGAUAUUUGCGGGUGAUGCAUUUGAUUUAAGUGAAGACUAUCGAAGAUUAAAAAGUCUUCUAAUUGAUUUCUUCAGAGGCCCUACUGUGACCAGCGUACGCCUGGCAGGUUUAGAACACGUUCUUCACUUCACAGCUGUGGAUGAAAAAAUCUGUAUGAGAAGUUAUAAAGUAUUAUUGAAGAAGUCUGGUUGCAAAAUACCAAGGAUUGAACUUGAAGAUAUGGGACCAUCACUAGAUUUGGUAAUAAGGAGGACACAUUUGGCUUCAGAUGAUCUUUAUAAGUUGUCGCUAAAGCAGCCUAAAGCUCUCAAGCCAAAGAAGAAGAAAAAUAUCUCCCAUGAUGCAUUUGGGACAAAAUAUGGACGGAUACAUAUGCAGAAACAAAAUUUGGAUAAACUGCAGACUAGAAAAAUGAAAGGCUUGAAGAAAAGGCCAGCUGAAAUGAAGACUGGAAAUGAAUACUGUCCAAAGAAAGCAAAGUUGGGAUGAUAAACUGGAACUGGAUGGCAUAAAUUACUCUGAUGCUGUUCGGAGUUUUAAACAUCAUGUAUGCCUGACAUUAACUUCAUUAGUUGUUUUAAACAACUUUGUUGUGAGAACUACCUAUUUUGAAUGUAGAAGCAUCCCUGGUCCUUGUGCUCAUUUAAGCUUUUAAAAGAUUAUUGUCACCAAAAAUACAAAAAUACAUUUGUAUGAGUAAUAAAAAAAUUAAUGUAUGAGAUGUCCUUCUCUUUU